AUGGUGCCGGGCCGCCAGGAAGACGGCGCUUCCCUGGAGCAGCUGCUGGAUCACGGCUGGAAACGGAGCCACAGCGCCCACAUCCCCCCGCUCCGUGACCGCAUCCCCGGGGGAUCCCCGCCGAACGAGCGGGGCUGGGGCCGCUGCUCCCGCUGCGGCUGUGCCUGGUGCGUGCCUGGAGGAGGCCAGAAGCCCCCGAAGGGCUGGCAGCCCUCACGUCCCUUGGGAUCUGCGGGAGAAGCUGUGCCUGCAGCGUGCCGAACACACGUCCCGGUGUGGGCACCAGGGUACCGGGACAGCACUGGCACAGACACGGCUAAAGCGCUGCCUGUGGCCCCUCAGCCAGGGGCUGCUCUGAACAGGUACGUGGAAACGCCUCAGCCCGGACAGACACCACCGACAGCCCAGAAGGACCUGAAGGAGCAGCUGGCAUUGCCUGAUAUGGAGGCACGGGCCGUUUGCAGAGGGGCUCAGACAGCAGUUCCUGUUUCUGACCUCCCAGAGCUCCCACACAGCUCCCAGAUAUUGAAUCCCAAGCAGUAUACCUGGGACAUGCCUCAAAAUCAGAGAUUCAAGCAGGAUGAAGUUUGGAACUUCCCAGGGAGCCAGCUGAAGUGCAGAAGUGAAGGAAAACUUUUGCAGUGAGAAGAACAUGAACUCACAGCCACCAAGGCCUGACAGGUUCCUGCAGUGAGAGCUCAGUGCACGUCCACAGAGAGUGAGAGGGGUGAUGUGGGAAUUGGAAAACCAGAAACUUCCAGAGACACCCAAAGAUUGGAUCUGCAGCCUGGGAAGAAGCUUGGAUUGAUGUCAAAAUACAACACACAGGCAUUAACAGAGAAAUUAUACAUAAAGCAGGUAGAGCUGUGAUGGUUUCUAAUUAAUGGCCAAUCACACUCAGCUGGCUCACACUCUGUGUCCCACCCACAAGCCUUUGUUAUCAUUCUGUGCUAUUCUAUUCUUAGCUGGCUUUCUGAUGAGAUCCUUUCUUCUAUUCUUUUAGUAUAGUUUAAUGUAAUAUAUACAAUAAAAUAGUAAAUCAGCCUGUGACCCAUGGAGUCAGAUCCUGGUCCCUUCCCUCACCCUGGCCCCUGUGAGCAGUCCCAGGCUGGGCUGGC